AGGAGAUAAUAUCAUCAGUAAUACUGAUGUGCUGGAGAUCUCUCCUUAUGACAAGCUCUGACACUGCUCAUCUGCAGAACCUCAGCACCUCAGGACCAGCACCGCAAAGACGAACCUCACCUGGACACACACGGGAGGAAGAUUAAGUGGCAAGAUGACGUUUCUUCUGACCCUUCUCACCUCCCUUCUCCUGGUUGGUCCAGCUCUGGGCCAGGACAUGACCUAUGAGGAGGUCCUGACCCAGCUGCAGGGUUGCCCCAGAGAAUGUCGCUGCCCUCCUAACUUCCCGAAUGCAGUCUACUGCGACAACAAGGGCCUGAAGCACAUCCCCAACAUCCCUCCACACACCUGGUACCUUUAUCUCCAGAACAACCUGAUAGACGUGAUCUCCAAGGACGCGCUGCGCAAUGCCACCCAGCUCCGCUGGCUCAACCUCAACCGCAACAAGCUGACCAGCAAGGGCGUGGAGGAGGGCGUGUUGGCAGACAUGCCCCGCCUAGUGCACCUCUUCAUGGACGACAACCUUCUGGCCUCGGUGCCGUCUGGCCUACCCUCCAACCUGGAGCAGCUCCGCCUCUCCAGGAACCGCAUCUCCAAGAUCCCCGCUGGCGUGUUCUCCGGCAUGAGCCGCCUCACCCUGCUGGACCUGCAGGGGAACAAGCUCCAGGACGACGCCGUGACAGAGGUGAGCCUGAAGGGACUGAGCAGCCUGGUCCAGAUCAACCUGGCCAAGAACCAGCUGAGCAGCAUGCCGCCCAACCUGCCCCCCAGCACCGCUCAGAUCUUCCUGGAUGGGAACAACAUCGAGAAGAUCCCCGCAGAGUACUUCAAGGGGCUGCCCAAGGUGGCGUUCCUCAGGCUGAACCGCAACAAGCUGGGCAACAGCGGCCUUCCAAAGAACGUCUUCAACAUCUCCAGCAUGCUGGACCUGCAGCUUUCACACAACCAGCUGACUGAGGUGCCUCUCAUCCCGUCAGGUCUGGAACACCUGCACCUGGACCACAACAGGAUUAAGAGUGUCAACGGGUCUGAAAUAUGCCCGGUGUCGGCUGAGGUGCUGGAGGACGACGUCAACGACAGUGUUCCUCGGCUGCGCUACCUUCGCCUGGACGGCAACCAGAUCAAGCCUCCCCUCCCCAGAGAUGUCAUCACCUGCUUCCGCCUCCUCCAGUCCAUCGUUAUUUAGGUUGUUUACUUCAGCUUCUAAACCUCCCAGGCCCUUCUUCACAGGUCAAGGUGUUCAACACCAGACACCCGGAUGGAAAGAUGAUAAUGAGUUAUAAAAUUAUAAGAUAAAGUAAAAGGUAAAUUCCAUUCUAACUGGGUCAGACAAAAGCAAUUGUGAAAUAGAAACCUUUUGUAAAUGUUUAUCCUGAAUUGAGGUCAUUCAACUUCAGCUUCAAGUUUUCUUUGUCGCUGUACUUGGUUGGGGUGCAGUACCAUUUACAACCACUAGCUGUGCCUUACUUUCAAUUCAUUUCUGGAAAGGGAAGACUGGCAACCUGCUCAAAUAGUGAAUCUAUAAUAUCAUAUUAUUUACAGACACAAUAGGAUUAGAACAGGAUAAGACAAAGUAUGUUGAAUUUAAUGACAACUCCUUAUUCUUAUUUGACAAGAAAAAACUGCUCCUGGAUGCUUAGCCAAAACACUUUUUUUACUGCUCUUAAUAAGAAUAUGUUUGGGUUUGUGUGACAGAUUUGUUCUGAUAUGAAUUAUUGUUUUUGUUAGGUAUAACUAUGCUUGGCUAUAUUUAGAAAAUAAAUCUACAAGUGCAUUCAUUUGGGUCAGUUCAUUUAGGUAAUUUAUUUAAUUUAAAAUGACAGUAUCUUUCUUCUUUUUACUGGACUAUGAAAACACAUUUUGUACACAAGAUUCUGUUUCGAAAACAUAUUUUGGUAUAUUCCAACCAUUUGUUUUGUGAUUAUCUUAGAUAGUGUAUUUCUUGUAGACUGUGUGCUUUUAAAUAAAUACAAAUGUUUGG